AUGAUUCAGUCAAUGCAAACACCCCAGCAGAACCAACAGCAGCAGCAACAACAACAACAACCAGUAAAUAUGCCACCCCAAAAUAGCUUUGGUGGUAAUGUUCAACCUUCGAACCAACCCACAAAUCCCGUAUCGCCAUCUGCUGCUGCCAACCAGCAGGACCAACAACCUGCUAACAAUGUUCAAAGUCUUUUGGAUAGUUUAACUCAGCUCCAAAAGUAA